AUGACAGCUGGGCCUGGUAAGCACUGCGUGGUGAAAUACAACGUGGGAGAGAAAGUGGUCUUCUUGCCCUGCUUCUUUGCUGCUGUCAUUAUCCAACACCCCCCAUCUGUUCAGCAUUCCUUACUGCUGUUUAACGAAUCAAAGCGGCCUUCACUCCGAGACCAGCUCCGCGGCAUGCGGAAACCCUCGGCUUGUGCUGCAUGUCGAGCUCGUCGGCGCAAGUGCCAGACCAGGGAGGGCCUCGUCGACUGCAUCUCCUGCACCGAAAGAGGAAUCAAAUGCGUACAGAAACCUCCGCAAGGCGGGUACUACGAGCAAAGAGAAAACCAGCGUAGACAGCAUCAAGAGGAACAAGAGCGGCUGCACCAGAAUCAGCGACCGCUUCAGAAUCAGGGACACGCGAGUGCGUCGCCCAGAUCUCACGCCAGUGGUUGGUGCUCCCGAUGUGAGACCACUCCGCAUGCCACACUGCCUAGUCUGCCCGUCCGGUUGGAGCUGGUGAGACUCUACUUUGACUACAUCCAUGACCAGUUCCACUCCCUCUUCCAUCGGCCCAGUUUUAUCGAGGAUGCAAUCGCCGACCAGGUGUCUCACGGGAUCCUGUAUGGCAUCUGUGCCUUGGCUGCAAGGUUCUCGACUGAUCCCGUUUUCGCGGACGUUGAUCCUCGGGAUAGAGCACAUAGCUACUUAGAAGCAGCCGAGAGAUCCUUGAACCUCCGCGAUGUGUCUUUAGACACUAUCCAACUGUGUGUGUUGAUAGGAGCCGCAGCAACAGCCAACGGGGACGGAGAGACGGAAAACAUCUACUAUGGCGUAGCAUGCCGCAUGGCGCAGCUGCUAGACCUCCCUGGCCGACCAGCAACCAGUCUACUGGAACGCGAGAUCAAUAUCCGGGUUUGGUGGUCACUCUGCAUGAUCGACGUCUGGUCAUCCACUGCAGUCAAGCUGCCAAAGUUACUGCCAGCAAGAUGCGACAUUCCCCUGCCGAUGGACGACCUCCCCUUCCUGUCCAUGAGCCGCAGCGUCCCUGCAGCACCUUUAUCCACUCAGAGCUCCCAGCAUCUGUCGCAGAUGGUGAGGCUGAAUAGAAUCCUACUAGACGUGAACGACUUCAACCAACAGUGCGUUGCGGAGAACCCAGACUGGGAUUCCCUGGAGCAAGGCGUCGAGACGUUGAGUGCUCGAAUGGAAGGUUGGCUCGCGGCGCUGCCGGAUAACAUGAGAGAUACGCCUGAAAACUUUGCUUGGUUCGCAUCCAGGGGCCUGGGCAGGACAUUUGCUGCGGUGUACUUGGGUUAUUAUCAUUUUGGACAGCUGCUCUACUACCAGUUCCUAUAUGGCGGAGCGGCCACGACGGCUAUCAACCCGACGGCGUCGGCAUCUGUCGCGCGUCGCGACUCGUACGCGAGAAAAUGCAAGGAUCAUGCGGCCCGGCUUUGCGAUAUGGUCUACCGCGCGCAGACUGCUGCCGGUGCCGACGUCCGAUACACAAUGACAGCCCACGUGCUUGUCAUUGCAUCGACGGUGCAAAUCCACACGCUCUUGUUCAGCGGCGACGAGGCAGACAUCAGCGUGGCUCGCCGGCGGCUCGAAAGGAACUACGAAUUGCUCUUACAACUGCGUUGCUACUGGCCGACGGUCGACCGGGCCAUCAGCCGUCUUCGAGCAUUCCACGAAACGGCACGCACUAGCAUCGACACCAGCUUCGGGGCGGGAAACUUGUUCGAGUUCUCCGCCCCCUGUCACACGGGGACCCUCCGGUUGUACGACCUCGCCGACCAGUUGGCCCCUCCGUGCCCCUCUCUUGGCGGCCCGGCAGGCAUCAUAAUUGCUGAAAUGCCGUACAAAUCGCUGGGUAUUGCGGCCGUAUUGGCCUCCGCGGGACGUGUUGCCGCUCUCAACAACGGGCUGGCUGACACGCCUCCCAUGGGAUGGAACAACUGGAACGCUUUCGCGUGCGACGUGUCUGAGCACCUUCUCCUCAGCACAUCGGAGCGUAUCGUUAGCCUGGGUCUGCGUGACUUGGGAUACAACCACGUCGUCUUGGACGACUGCUGGCAAGAUGAGAAUGGGCGUGAUGCCCAGGGAAAGCUCCAGCCGAACCUUGACAAGUUCCCCAACGGCUUGAACCACGUCUCUGACCAUAUCCACGGUCUGGGGAUGAAGUACGGCAUGUACUCUACCGCCGGCGAAAUGACAUGCGCGAGAUUUGCUGGUUCUCUCGAUCACGAGAAGGACGACGCCGAGAGCUUCGCGUCCUGGGGUGUCGACUUUCUCAAGUACGACAACUGCUACCACAUGGGCCGUAUGGGCACUCCCGAGAUCUCCUUCAACAGAUUCAAGGUCAUGGCGGAUGCGCUGAACGCCACGGGCCGGCCUAUCGCCCUCAACCUCUGCAACUGGGGUGAAGACUACGUCCACACGUGGGGAAUGUCCAUCUCCAACGCCUGGCGCAUGUCUGGCGACAUCUACGACUCCUUCACCCGUCCCGAUGACCUCUGCAGCUGCAACACGGCCGCGGACCCUUUCUGCAUCGCUCCCGGAACGCACUGCUCUGUGCUCUUCAUCCUCAACCGCGUUGCCGCCUUUGCAGACAAGAGCAUCCCCGGCGGCUGGAACGACCUCGAUAUGCUUGAGGUCGGCCAGGGCGGCAUGACCGACGAGGAGUACAAGGCUCACUUCGCCCUCUGGGCCGCCCUCAAGUCGCCGCUGAUGCUGGGCAACGAUUUGCGCGACAUGCCUGCCGAAGCGCUCAGCAUCGUGAACAACCCUGCCAUCAUCGCCAUCAGCCAGGACCCUCACGGAAGAAGUGCUCUGAGAGUCCGUCGGGACGUCGGCGGUGACCUCGUCCCUGACGAGUUCGGCGUCGCCGAGGCGCAGGUUUGGAGUGGACGCCUGGAGAACGGCGACCAGGUCGUCAUCUUCCUCAACGCUGCUGGCGCGGAGUUGGAGAUGAAGUCUUCGCUUUCCGAGAUCUUUGUUGCCGACGGCCCCGGUGGUUCGGCGCCGCAGGUGAAGUGCAAGUGGGCUGUUCACGAUCUGUGGGCGGACCGUAUGCCCACGGAGACGGCCGAGGCUCUGUUCAAGGCCGAGAGCCACGAGGCCAGAAUCCAAAUCUUCAGGGACGCGAAUUGGUACAACUCGACCGAGAUCCCCUACGCCGUCGGCCUCGAGAAGGAGGACCCUAGGCUGUUUGGAAAGAAGAUUGGUGUCAUCGAGCCUAAGGGCAUGUUGACCGCUACUGUGCCCAGUCACGCGGCCAAGGUGUUCCGCCUUAGAAGAAUCGCACAGCCUGGUGAUGGUUUCAAGGCCAAGAGCCACGACCGCACGAACAGGGCGAUCAAGGACGAGCUCUGA